CUGAUCAUUUCUACAUAAGCAGAGUUAUGGAAGUGAUUUCUUGGUAAAAGAGUCAACAAGAAUCUUACAGAGAUACUCAGGCCUACGGUGAUAACAGGUACAGGCAAAUACAAAUAUGAAUGAGUAGAGAAGGAAAGACAAGGAAACCGAGGAACAGGUAAAAAGGUAACGAGAAAUGGUAUUUGCGCUUCAAUGUACAUGGAAUAGAUCGAGGAUUGAUGAGGAAAUCCGUCCGAGUGAAUCAAAUCGAGUUGGAACAAUCGGCAAGAAAAAGAUUAGAAGAGAAGAUAGAAGGAAACAAGAAAAAAAUGAGAAUGGAAAGGGGAUAGAAGAUCAAAGGGCGAAGAAACACCUCUGAAGAAAAACAGGCAGUAAACCAAGAUUCCAUCCCGAAGGAUAUGGAAGCAGAGUGAAAACGGGGUCUGUUCUAAACUAUCGUAGACAUUCCAAAAAAAAAAAAAAAAAAAAAAAAAAGAAAGAAAAACAAGGCGGGAAAAAAA